AUGGGAAAGGACAGAUCAUCGAGUGGAGGGCUGGGGCGGGCACUGGUGCGGCGCCACAACCAGAUGGUGCAGCAGUCUAAGGAGAAGGGCGCUGCCGCGCGGAAUCUCCAGGGUCGACACAAGACGCCUAUCGAGUCUAUAACCGAGGUUAGAGAUAUCGAUGCCGUCGUAGAGCUCGCUGCCGCUAGCGAGGAAUUCAAUCCCAGCGGGCGUGAGGGUACUGUAAAGCCACCCAGCGUUCCAAUCAAUCUGUAAGCACUGCUGUCUAGCGCUUAUUCCCCACAAUCCUCUCUUGAAUCUACCGGUUCCAACCUUUGCAUCGUUUUAAUGUGGAGAAGGGACGGGAACUCUAUAGCAGUUGACGUGCUUAUGACGGUUGAGGAGAGGAGGAAGGAGCGGGAGGUGGAGGAGGCCUUGCACGCUAGCAGUCUCCGAGUCCCUCGUAGGUAAAACGUUAUGCGGUGUGAAAGCGUUGUUUCCCUGUCGAUUUCUUUAUUAUCUAUGCUUUUCUCCCGUUUGUGGAUGUGAUCAUCUCAGUGUUCCAUUUCGUCUGCUUUUAUUAUCUCUUGCUCCCUGUUUAUCUAUUUUUGUGUGUAAUCGAUGAUAGCCAACAAUUUGCAGGCCACCAUGGACACCAAAAAUGUCCGCAGAUGAACUUGAUACAAAUGAGAGGCAUGCUUUCUUGGCAUGGCGGAGGGGUCUUGCCAGGUACUGCGUUCUUUGCUCCAUAAUUUUCAAAUAAUGCACGCUUUGAGCUUAUUUUCCAACUCAAAAUAGGCUAACAACAUGUAAUUUUCUGUUACCUAGGCAGUCUUUUGGUUUUCCUCGUAACAGAUUUGUUUUCAUUGUUUUCCAAAAAAGGUGAAGACUGCACGCUGGGCUGGUGAGACUUCGGUCUCAUCAUGGAUGUUGCAAAUUUUUGUAAUUGCUACAUAAGCUCUGUUGUGUGUGAUCAUCGUAUUAGAUGAAUGUAUUACAGAUAAUAAGUUUAUCCUGAAAACAGUAACAAUCUGAAUGGUUUGAUUUGUGAACAUUCUAUCUUCCCGAAAUAGAAAUGACACCGGUGAGCAAAGUUCCGAGAAGCCUCAGGCAGGAAAUUUGCGUUGAGCUAUAUUUUAAAACCUUGUUAUGUAAGAGGAGUUGUUUUAAUGCCUUUUGUCGAUUCACAACUUCUCUAAUGUUCAGUUUCUUAGUUAUCUGUUUUGCAACAAAAAUAUUGGAUUUUUCUGCAUGCCUCUCAUUUGAAAAACAUAGAAAUUAUGGAUCAUUUAUUUAAUUUGAUCAUAGUUUACCUGCCAUGACGCAUAUUACCUUCCACUUUAUGCUGGAUAUGGAUAUAUCUUAAACUAAUGUCUUUGCAGACUAGAGGAAAAUGAGAAGCUCAUCAUAACUCCCUUUGAAAAAAAUUUGGAUAUCUGGAGGCAACUGUGGCGGGUUCUUGAAAGAAGUGACUUGGUAAUGUAUUCUUAGUUAUUUUUAUGCAUGUGGUACUAUAUGCUCUAAAAAUCCUUUGUGAUUUGAUGCAACCACUCUCAGCCCAAAAAAAAAAAACAGCGAAAUUAUAAAAAUGAUGAAGUUCCAUAACUAAAGUGAAAUUGCUCUUGAUCAAUUUUAAGGUUUUGCCCUCUCCGUUAUGGGAUUUUUUGGGUAAAAUAUGUAGUAUUUGGUUUUCAGAUACCAUUUCCUGGAGAACCUUCUGGUAUUGUGGAUUAACCUGCUUUUUAGCAAUGAUAAAUAGGAAGAUUCUGGACAAUGUGAUAGGACACCCAGGAUAUUGGCUUGAGAUUGAAGGAAAAUAUAUAUGGUACAACACAAGGAUCUAAGGAAGAACAGACUGAAACAGAAAUGGGGAAAGAAAAGAAAUGAGGGUGGGUUCCAGAGGAAUCCUAGAAUUAAUUCGGGGCUAAUUCGAGAGCGCCCUAGCUUUCCCAAUACGACUUCGAAUGUAGACCUUUUAGGUGUCUUAUUAUUUCAUCAUAUUCUUCAUCAUCAUAAAUUUCUAGUUUCUCGAGUUUUGAAGUUUUUUUGCUGCCGGACUUUUUAUAACCUUUUAUGAUAAUGAUAGUGAACCACCAUGGUAUUCAUAUUUCUUUUGUAAUCUCAUGUUCGUCAAUGUGGUAAAUAUAUCAGUAAAGUUGAAGUAAGGGAAACAAAUUCGAAAAUUAUUAGAGAAAACAAACCAACGAAAGUUGAAGACAAAGGAAAUUUAAUGGUGAGAAGAUAAAUGGUUGAGAGGAGAGGAGAAGGUGGUUGACAUGGAGCUUGGUGAGAAGAUGCAAUAAUCGAGAUGGAGCUAGACGAAUGCGAGGAUCCUUAAUGUUAGGCCCAAGAGGAGACUGGUAGCCGAGGUACUGACGUGUGCGAGGUUCUGUAGAUGGAAGUCAAGCAUAGAUUUUCUUUACAUCAUCGGAGGCAGAGCCGUAAUAAUGGCUGAUGUGGCCUUUUUUUAAUAAAGGAAAGGAUCCAUUAAGAUGUGAACUUUCCAUAGACUUCCGGCUCCGUUGCCAUUGCACACCAUGCCGAGGAAGUCCAAUUGUUUCGCCAACAAAGUAGUGUCUGACAUUGGCCAUCCAUUAGUCAGCGGUCAAAUUGGCGAGAGCAGUUGUAAUAGUGGCACAGCCCCAUCUACUGCUGAAGAGGAAAAAUACACACUGACAACUACCUACUGGUUGGAUACUGUCAUAUCCAAACUGCUCGCUUAAAUGCUUUGGCCCCGUCCCUGCGGAAAUGAAAAUAAUAGAUAAAAAAUGAAGAGGAAGGGCUGUUGGUUGACAUUAAGGAAAAGGAGGGAUAAUAAUCAGCUAUCAUGCUGUGAGGUUGGAAGCUUCACCUGUCACGAAUUGCAGCCAGCGAUGGUGAGGAAGGUCACUGCCCAGAUGCUUGAUCAAGUGAAGGAAUGUGCAAUGGAUGAGCAAGGAACCACCUGCAACGUAGAGAAAUCCUAACCUAAGUUAUGCCCUAUUCUGAGUGGAGCGACUAGAUUACCAGCUCUCCACCCCUGACCAAAGGUGUGGAGGAAAGUUACUGGGCCACUGGAUCCAUGUUACCUCCAGCAUCUUGUCAGGAAGGAAAAGGAGACCAUGCUGAAAGGGUGGUAGAAGGCCUUGCUUUCCGUGGGUAUCAAGACGGGGAUACUGAGAGGAUACUUCACUACUUUUCUGAGGGAAGCUUACUAGUUUUGCUUAAAGCUGAGUGAGAGAAGAGAUCAGGUCUGGCCUGAGAAGCCCCAGCUGGGUCACAUUGACAAGCCUGGGCCCGUUUCUAGGAUCUCAAGUGCUCUUUAAGAAGCCUAGCUCGUGAUCAUUACAUGAAUCCCACGCCUGAGCUCAUUUCAAGAAAUCCUAACCUAUCAAAGAAAAUAUCUGAAGGACCUGAUAUUUGGAGCUUAAUGAUCAUUAGGCAAUGAAACCUUGUGUGGAUGGAGUCCAAUGGUCAUAAACCUUGUGGGUCUAGAGUACCAUGGCCGCAAAGCCAUUAGGCCUUUAUGUGAUACUGGAGCCCCCUUUAGUUGGGACGAUCCAUUAAGACUUUAUUUGGGCCCGAAGCUUAACAGUUAAAAGAUCAAAUAAAACUUGAUGGUGUGGCAUUCAGUAUUUAAAAGGUCUGAUAUGACCUUAUGUGGCCAUGGAGUCGUGACCAGAAUUUUAAAGAUUUUUGGCGAGAAAGGAUAAGAGUUUCUUUGUCGCACUCUUAAUUGGCGUCCUGUCAAGAAGCAGUUGUAUAAAUGUUUAUGUACACGAUUGAUGAAGAUCUGAAGAAGAUUUAGCAAUGCAGAAUUUCAUUUAUCAGCUUCAAGAACUACACCUUUUAAUUUUUUUUCUUGUUUAUAUUUAUUUUUGCUACAUUUAACAGAUUUUUUCUUCAAAAUUUGUUUAUUAUUGUUUUCUACAACUCUUGGCUACUUAGUGGCAAAUUAUUUGUUUGACCCAUAUAACCUUGUAGACUGACUAUGUAUUAGAGUUAUAUAAAGAUGAUCGGGCUUAGACAAGACAAUGAUAGAGAUAACUCAAUGUGGGAAAAGGACUAUUCGGCAUGAUAAGAGUCUCUUUCGUCAUGAUGAUGAGUAUACUACACGAACGUACUAUCCAUACCAGCGUUCUAAAUUAUGAAAUCAUAACAAUUGGCCUAUAAGAAAAAUGUUUCAAUGGGUCCGAUUGGGUUUAUUGUGUUCACUGUAGUUCAUGGUGCAUCUUCAAAACCUAUUCUAUUGGCAAUCACUUUUUUUUGGUUGGGACUGUGAUUCCCUUAUUAUUAAGGAAGGCUAAAGAUGCCUGUUCUCUAAACUGCAACAAAUAUGGCACUAUUACAUGAUUCCUGUGCAUAAUGGACAGAACUUUUGAUCCAAAUAUUAAUAUCAGACAAGUACCACAGUUAGUAAAAAAUUGGCAAUGCUAAUCAGCGAGUCUGUUGAUGUAAGUAUGCAUAGCAUUGAAAUAUGGGUUUCCGUAGUAGCUGAAACCAAUCACUCUAUCGUUAACGAAGUACUUUAUUCCUCCACAUAUACCUUGGGUCAUCUUUGCUUUCUGUCAAUCCUAAUGGCCCAUGACACUACUACAACUAUUAUCUUUCAGCUUUCUUCAUGUUUUAUGAGAGAAUAAAGUCAGACUCCAUUACAUCAGUUCAUGAAGUUCAUUAAACUUAAAAGGCAUAUUUGAUGCAUCGUUUUGAAAUUGUACUUCGAUAACACCUACUUCCCAGGAUUUCUUUCUUAUUUAAUUUCUACUUGCCUAACGAAUUACAUUGAUCAGAGAUAACCUGUUAUCGCAGCUUUUUUUCUUCCUCUUUCUUCUAUAAUCCUGUUAGAUGAGGAGCAGAAUGUUCGCCUCCCCCUCCAUCCCACACCACCCAACCCUUCCUUUUUUGUUUCCUUGUGGUUGUCUUGUCUACUUGGAUUGGUUUCGUAUUUAUCAUGUUAUAUGCUCUGCUUGGUUUAGUAUGUGGCAUAAAUCAACCUCCUAAAUAAAUUGACUUCAUUCUCUUUCUGUAUAAUGGACUCCAGAUGUAUUUUAAAACCCCUAAGCCUACGAGUACGAAGGCCGUCAAUAUUUAUUUUCUUUUGUAGUUUACUAGUUGAUCUCAAAAUCUCACAGAAGUUCAUGCAGGGAUCCAAUCGGUCAAAUUGUCCUCAGAAUUGCUCCGAUUCCCCUCUGAUCGUGCUUAGUUUUAGUUUAUUUUUUGUUGUUAUUAUAUUCAGUCUAUAGAACCUGUGGUGAUGUGUUAAUUUUGUCUCUUGUAAUUGUAGCUCGUAAUGGUUGUGGAUGCUCGAGAUCCAUUGUUUUACCGAUGUCCUGAUCUUGAGGUAUGUUUCCUUCUUUAUUAUAUUAAAAUAUUUUAUUCGUGAACUAAAGAAAGGUCAAUUUCCAAACCUUGGUGAAUUGUGAUGAUGCUCCUUUAUGCUCAGCUUAAAAUGAACCAUUCUGGUUUUAUCUCUAUUUAUGAUGCUAUGCCAAUCUGCAUGGUCAGAUAAAUUCAGAUGGUUGCAUGUAAGUAAUGAUCUUGUGAUAAUAGUUUUACCUUUGAUCUAAUGGUCCCACUCUCAUAUGGGCCUUAUCUUAUCUUAAUGAUAAUAAUCUUUAUCUCGCUCUCUUUCUAUGAUAUCUGGACAGGGUUAAGGUUUGGAUUUGUCCCAUUUUUCCUGCACAGGUUUUUGCUUUGUCAGCUCUCUUUGAUAUUCUCCCCGUAUUGACAUCAUAGAAUUGGGAGGUGUGGCUAUCUCUGUUUAUCUCCUUCCCUAGUGACUGUCCGGUCUUGUCACACAAUUCUUUCAUGAUCCCAACACUAGAAUAGCCUUGCAGUCUACAGUAUUUUGCGAAGCUUUGGUGGUUGGCAUCUAUUUUUUCUUCACCAUACCAUUUUUCGGGCCUCGUGAUCUCUCAGUUGCUUGCCAAUUCUUCCUCGAUGGUCCUUUACAUCUAAUGAGUUAUAGUUAUUUUCUGUGGUCACAAGACUAUCACCAAGAAACUGUGGUGGUUUAAUGGGUGCCUACAUACCGAGCCAUUUAACUUCCCUUAUUAUUCUCGUACUUGGUAUGUGCUAGAUUACGACUUGCAUAAUGAUUGUUGUUUGUUGUAUUAUCUCGCUAUUGCUAGUUUCCUUCUAAUGCAUGCCAUCUUUUUGCAUUCAUAACCUUCUAUCAGAUUUUUUUUCUGCAGACCUAAAUGUUAAUUCAUGUAGUGAUAUUUUCUCUAUUUUCUUUAACAAGUUAAAGUGCGACGAAUGCUUGAUAAAGAGUGUCAGAGUAGUUAGUAGUUAUACGAGUCGAAUUGCUGUUUCUUGUCUACUAAAUAGGAAAAAGUAUCAUCUUCUCCAUAAUAGUCUUUACCUUCUCUAUUGACACUUCUCUUAGUACUGCAAUUUUUAUUUUAUUUUAUUGGUGUGAUUCUUGUUUUAAGUUGAUAUUGAAAGCAAAUUUAUUCUUGUUCUAAUAUCUUAUUUCAUGUUGCCCGAGUCUGCAAUGUUCUACUGCAGUUGGAUUACACAAAUGAUGAGUUAUAUUUUUGUAUGUAAUGUGCAAUUUAUAGAAUCCGGAAUAAUUAACAUUUUUCUAUUUGGAUCUUUAUCCAACACCAAACACGAUAAGAUCAAUAUUGAUCUGAGUUUGAUAUAUGACUUUGACAACCUUAGUGAAUUUUGCAGGCAUAUGCAAGAGAGAUUGAUGAAUGUAAGAGAACUCUGCUUCUGGUUAACAAGGCUGAUCUCUUGCCAUUUCCAGUCAGGUUAGUCGUUAAGUUUUUUUGCUGCUAGUUGUAUAACUUGAUUAUUGGGAUACUGUUUCUAAAAAAACACAAUUGUGCAGGCUAAGAUGGGCCAAAUAUUUUCAGCUCCAUGGAAUUCUCUAUAUGUUUUGGUCUGCGAAGGUUGCCUCUGCUGCUCUCGAAGGGAAACUAGUAAACGUUCCUUGGGAAGUAUCUAAUCCUGCACAGCAAUCUAUAUCUUCCAUUGAAGAUACAAAAAUCUAUAGUAGGGAUGAGCUAUUAAGUCGCUUACAGGCUGAAGCAGAGGCUGCUGUGUCCAUGAGUGAUUCAAGCAAAGGUAGUUUAGACAAUUCUCAUUUUGUGAGCAUUAGAAAGGAAAGUACAGUAUCAAGACAUGUCGUUGUGGGAUUUGUUGGUUACCCAAAUGUCGGAAAGAGCUCAACUAUUAAUGCUUUGGCAGGCGAGAAACGAGCUGGUGUUACAUCCACCCCUGGGAAGACAAAACAUUUUCAAACAAUUAUAAUAUCUGAAAGGCUCAUGCUUUGUGACUGCCCUGGUCUAGUUUUCCCUUCAUUUUCUAGCUCUAGAUAUGAGAUGAUUGCUUCAGGGGUGUUGCCCAUUGACAGGAUGACUGAACAUAGGGAGGCUGUGCAGGUGGUUGCUAACUGUGUACCUAGGCGCACUCUUGAGGGCAUUUAUAAAAUUAAUUUACCGAAGCCUAAGCAAUAUGAAUUGCAGUCAAAACCACCUUCCGCACAAGAGCUAUUGAGAGCUUAUUGCUCAUCUCGUGGUUAUGUCAUUUCCAGCGGUCUACCCGAUGAAACUAGGGCUGCUCGACAGAUUCUAAAAGAUUAUGUCGAUGGAAAACUUCCUCAUUUCAAACUGCCUCCAGGAAUGACUGAUGGUGAUGAAGAGCAUUUUUCAGAUGUGUUGUCAUGUUCAAGAUUCUUUGUGGCUAGUGAAUCAAACUGUGGCAGUUCUGCUGAUCUUUCAACAUCUGGGUCUGUUAUUGAUAGUUCUCAUGAGCUUACCAAGGAGUUUGUUCUGGAUGAGCUUGAAUCGUUUGAUAUUUCGAUUGGAGGAUCCCGUGCGGUCUCUGCUUCUGCUGUUCUUUCUGUCAAGAAGAAUGUCUCUUCUGAUGGCCAGAAGCACCACAAGAAGCCGCAAAGGAAAAAGGACCGCUCUUGGCGGGUUAGAAAUGAUAAUGGUGACGGGAUGCCUGUUGUUAGAGUGUUUCAAAAAGCUCCUGUGAAUUUAGGAGCUUCAGUGAUAGCAUCAGGUUGA